AUGAUCAGCUCUUCUUCGAUAGUUGAGAUUCGUUAUUCUUUACCGUCGCCGGUUAACCGGAAUCCGAGAUGGCUCCGACUCAUCAGAAACUAUCUUCCGGAGCAGAAAAAGAUCCGAGUGGGUCUUGUCAACAUCGCAGAGAACGAGCGAGAGAGCUACGAGGCAAGCGGGACGUCGAUCAUGGAGAAUGUCCACGUAUCGCUCGAUCCUCUCCCGGAGAAUCUGACGUGGAAGAGCUUAUUCCCAGUGUGGAUCGACGAGGAUCACAUGUGGCACACGCCUUUAUGUCCAGAGGUCCCUCUCCCUCGAGUGGAGGGUACUGAUGCUGACGUGGACGUGGUCGUAGUGAAAAUGCCAUGCGAUGGUUUUUCCGAGAAUAAAGGGCUGAGAGACGUUUUCCGGCUACAGGUGAACCUGGCGGCAGCGCAUCUGGCGGUGGAGAGCGAGAGGAGGAGCGUUGAUCGGACGGUUUACGUUAUAUUCAUCGGUUCGUGUGGGCCCAUGCAUGAGAUCUUUAGGUGUGACGAGCGCGUGAGGCGCGUUGGAGAAUAUUGGGUGUAUCGGCCUGAUCUGAGCAGGUUGAAGCAAAAGCUUCUCAUGCCUUUUGGUUCUUGUCAGAUUGCACCGCCGCUUGCUCAACCAGGUCAAGAAGGAUUGAGGCCACACAAGAACAAAAGUCUCACAUCAACAACCACAUUAUCACCAUUCCGUGUCCAACGUGUAGCGUACGUGACGUUACUACAUUCAUCGGAGGUCUACGUAUGCGGGGCAAUAGCCUUAGCACAAAGCAUAAGACAAACUGGCUCGACGAAGGACAUGAUACUCCUCCACGACGACUCCAUAAAGAACAGUUCUCGAAUUGGCCUAAGCCUUGCCGGCUGGAAACUACGGCGAGUAGAGAGAAUCCGUAGCCCUUUCUCCAAGAAAGGUUCUUACAACGAGUGGAACUACAGCAAGUUACGCGUGUGGCAAGUAACGGACUACGACAAGCUAGUGUUCAUAGACGCAGACUUCAUCAUCGCCAAGAAUAUUGAUUAUCUUUUCUUCUAUCCUCAACUUUCCGCCGCUGGCAACAACAAAGUCUUGUUCAACUCCGGAGUCAUGGUGCUGGAGCCAUCAGCUUGUCUGUUCGAGGAUCUGAUGCUCAAAUCGUUCAAGAUAGAGUCAUACAAUGGAGGAGACCAAGGAUUUCUGAACGAGUACUUUGUGUGGUGGCAUAGAUUAUCGAAACGUGUGAACACGAUGAAGUAUUUCGGUGCCGAAAGCGAACAUGACAAAACACGUCAACUUCCAGACAAUUUAGAGGGGAUACACUACUUGGGGCUAAAACCAUGGCGAUGUUACAGAGACUACGAUUGUAACUGGGACUUGAAAACACGGCGUGAGUAUGCAAGCGAGUCGGUGCACAAGAGAUGGUGGAAAGUGUACGACAAGAUGCCAAAGAAGUUGAGAGGUUAUUGCGGUUUGAAUCGUAGGAUGGAGAAGGACAUUGAGAAGUGGAGGAAAAUCGCUAAGCUCAAGGGUUUUCCUGAAAAGCAUUGGAGAAUUGAAAUAAGAGAUCCAAGGAAGAAGAACCUUCUUAAUUAG